CGCGCGGUCGAAAGCCGUCGCCGCGAAGAGGAAGGCACUUUGUCUUGGCUCCGAGGCCACCAUGUCGGCCCUGUGCGACCCUCCGGGGGUCGUGGGCCCCGCGGGGCCCUCUUCCAGCCCCAGACCAAUGCCUGGCCCCUCGUCGCUUAGUUCACAAGAACUGGCCCAGGAGAUCAAAGCCUUCCUCAGUGGCAUAGACCCUGUCCAUGGCAACAAACUCACACUUAAAGAACAUGCCCGCUGUGGAAUUUUGCUGCUGCGCAGCCUGCCACCUGCCCGCAGUGCUGUCCUGGACCACUUACGGGGCGUCUUCGAUGAGUAUGUGUGCACGUACUUGCUGGAUCUGGAAAGUGGCGAGAGUGGGAUAGUCUCUAUUCACACCCAGGGUCCCAAUCUGGAUGAUGUGGUGCAGGAGAUCCAAGCCGUGCUGUCUGACUUUGUCCGCAUGAACCCCAAGGCAUGGGCUGCCUUGGUCUCAGCCUGGUCCAUCGAUCUCAUGGGGCAACUGAGUAGUAAGUAUGCUGGCCGACAUGGCGUGCCCCAUGCCAGCAGCCUUAAUGAGCUCCUUCAACUCUGGAUGUCUUGCAAGGCCACACGGACCUUGAUGGAGAUCUACACCCAGUGCCUUUCCUCUAUGAUUAAUACCUGCCCGGAUGCCUGUGUUGAUGCCCUUUUGGAUACCUCCGUCCAGCAUUCGCCUCACUUUGAUUGGGUGGUAGCCCAUAUUGGCUCAUCCUUCCCCAACACGAUUAUCAACCGUGUGCUGUCCUGUGGCCUGAAGGACUUCUGCAUGCAUGGGACGGCUUCAGUGGACCUCCUUUUCCCGAGCGCCACAUCCUCUGAUAAGAGAGUACCCAAGAUUGCUUCAGUGGUGGGCAUCCUGGGCCACCUGGCCUCUCGGCACUCAGAGAGCAUCAAGCAGGAGCUGUUGAAAAUGUUUCACGGGAGCCUGGGUCCCACAUGGGACCAGCAGCAGAAAGCCACGGUACCUUUCUUGCUCCAGUUGGCCAUUAUGUCCCCUACUCUGCUGGGCACCAUCUCCGUUGAACUGGUGGAUUCUCUCAAGCCAGCCAUCCUCAACCAAUUGCACCAGCACUUUGUUCUGCUGCCUCGGGAGGAUCUAGAAAACAUGGUCAGCAUCGUGGUGCACCUUAUCUGCCAGACAUCGGAAGGUGCGUACCAGACCCUGCAAUUCCUCAUCAACACAGCUAUGCCAGCGUCUGUCAUCACCACCCCAUGCUUGGCCGUUCACGAUAGCGUACGAGAGGCUUGUGACCGCAUCAUCCAGCUCCUCCUCCUGAACCUUCAGAAGCUGGUGUACAACAGAGGUUCAGCCAACUUGGCAGAAGCCCCUCCCCGCGUUAUACCUUUCUUAGAUGAGCUGAAGAGCCAUGUGCAGGAGAUUUGUAUGGAGACACUGCGGCUGGAAAGGAAGCGCUUUUUGUGGCAGCACCAGCUGCUUGUCCUCCUUUCUGUUCACUGCACUCCAAGCUGUGCCAGUGAGGCUCUCUUCUAUCUGCUGACUCUAGCCAAAGGCCAGGAAGAACUAAGUUUGGCCAUGCAGCUCUAUGCUGUGCUUAGCUCUUGCAUGAGUGACCUGCUGCCAGCCACCGUCAAGAAGUCUGUCUGCCAGAUUCAUUCCGUGGGCCUCUCUGAGCAGCACACGGCCCAGUUGCUCCAAAACCUGGCAAUGAUCAUACAAUGGGAGGGAGAGGGCCCUACCUCUAUGGGCCACCAUCUGGGUCAAGCUGUCUCCUUCCACAUCUAUGACUUUGGCCAGCUCCUGUUGCACCACAAUCCUGAGGUGGCCCAAGCGGCCGCCUUACUUCUUUCUGUCUGCCCCAUCCCAAAGGCCAUUCGACCCGCCCACCUUCUCUUCCUCAUCCGCUCCGCCGUGCACCACUUCUUCCUCGUUCUGCACUCCCAGUGUCCCACCGGCAUCAGCUAUGCAAGCCGCCUCCUUUGCUGCCUCAGCAGGGCAUCUCUCACAGCCAGCAAGGCUAUCCUCCAGUACUUGGUGGAGGGAGCCCUGCAUCCCAGCAAAGCUGAGCUCUUUGGUGGAGUCUCUGAGCCGCCAUUGGUGGCAAGUGACAUUUUUUUGGAAGGAGCCAAGCUGUCUCUGCUGGACAUCAACCGGCGCUUCAUGACAGCGGUGAACUUCUCCGGAAGCGUGUGGUCGGUGUUCCACGCCGGAGUUAUUGGCCAGGGCUUAAAACCACCACAUGCCCCACAUCAGCGGGAACUGGAGGAGAUAUCUCACAACAUCCAGAACUUUUUAACCGUGUUGCUUCAGUGUUGUGGGAUGGGCCGCUAUGGCCAAGAGCCUGCCCAGCAUGUUUCUGUAAACCCGGAGGCAGCAAAGACAGUGGCGGUGGUUCUAGUGGAGACGGUAUGUCCAGAUGUCACCAACAGUGAACUGGCCUGGCCUCCCGAGGAUCACACACGCAACACUGUGGAGCGGGACAUACAAAUUGGGCGUGCUUUCCGGGACAACCCUCUCCUAUUCCAGCUUCUGCAUCUGGUGGCGGUGGGCCGACCAGCCUUGUGCUACUGCUCAGUGCUGCUCCGCGGCCUGAUGGCCACCCUCAUGGCCCACUGGGAGGCUUCGCGGGAGAACGACACCACCAGCUCCCCUUGGCACCUGCAGGCUUCUUGUGACUUGGUGGCCUGCAUGGGGGAAGGCCAUCUCCUUCCCGCCGUUUUGAGCAACAUGCAUGAGAUCUUUGACCAACUGGCCCCCUUUGAAGUCCACCUUUUGCUGCUCAGCGUUUGGGACUACAUGCAUGACAACAGCCCUUUGCCACAGAAGUUCACCUUCAAUGCCAGCACCGGGCGCUUCUUCCGGGACUUUUCCAGAGAUGCUGAUGCUGGGAAAUACCUUUGUGUUUUACACAGCGUCCUGCAUAAGAACAUUGACCGUCUCGGGCUGCUUUCGGGGCGGUUCCAUACUUAACGGCGUCCUUGCAGUUCUAACGUCAAGAAUUGAACCUCUUCUGCAGGUCUUAAGGCAUGGUUGCCCUGCCUUUUAAAAGCAAUUGUGACAUUUAUUUAGAUUUGCCCCCAAAAGGAGUAUCACAGAAAUGGAGUAGAAGUUGUAGGUCAGGCAUGGGCAAACUUGGGCCCUCCAGGUGUUUUAGAGGGCCCAAGGAAUUCCACAAUUCCUAAAGCCUCAGGCCCCUUUCCUUUUCCUCAGCUUAAGUGGAUGAGGGUGAAAAGGAAAGGGCCUGAGGCUGUUAGGAAUUGUGGGAGUUGAAGUCUAAAACCCCGGGAGGGCCCAAGGUUGCCCAUGUCUGUUUUAGGUGGUUUUGUGCCCCUUAUUUGUAGAAAAACAACCCCAAAUGUCUGCAGUUGAUCCGAGGGAGGGUCUUUGAAAACAAGAUUGAAAAUGGUUGAAAAUACCUUUAAAAUAAAUAAAUGUAAAUGUAAUAAUAA